AUGGUCUCUCGUUCGGCUAUUCUUACGGGUGCUCUCGCACUACUUUUACCCCUCACGGCCCACGGCUUUGUUAUCCCACCGGAAGACAAUCUCCAAGCCUUUCUCGGACAACUAAACACCUUGAACCCAAGCCCAAAUUCUGAGAUUAUUGACGAUGCAAGUACUUUAAGCCGCCCAUCAUGGUUCACUUCGACUUUGAUGGCCCGCCGCCUGCUUGCUUUGUCCCCCUCCGGCGUAAUCUCCACCAACUUCCCAGACUCUCUCCCACCCUCCGCACACGCUCCUUCAGAUGUUGCCGGUCUCUCUAUUGCACUGCGCGAGUACAUAGCUGACUGUGAUGGAUCCCUGCCAUCGGAUCUAUCUCAUGAUGAUAACGGCGACCCAACAAUUCUUGGCCUCCGCAUUGGCACUACUUUUAAAAACAUUGCAGCGGGAUCUAAUCUCAGUCUCCAGUUGGACUGGUGGGACCAUCUCAAUGAGGCUGGUCCGGUCUAUCCUGGUCUUCCCCUAAGCCCUGCUGCUCUACCUCGCGUCACUCUCUUUGGAUACUUGGAGAAUCUCCCGUCCCCACUUCCGGAUGACGCAGCUGCAGCGCUCGAGAAGUGUUUCCUGGAGCCACAUCCUGAUGCAAAGGUCUGGAUACCUGGUUCUUCUUACUCGCCACAUGCAAGUUUCUGGGCCCGAUUGGUGGUUACACAUGCUUACUGGAUUGGUGGAUUUGGGGACGUGCAGCAGAUUGGGGGGAUCAGACCACACGGCAGUGUGGAGGGCGUUGGCGAUGGAAGGGGAUGGCAGGAUGUCCGUUUGCCCGGGGAGAAGCAGUAA